AAGCACUCUUCACAACAUUUUUUUUUGUCUAGCCAAAGCUUGAGACCAGGCUCGUGUCAAGAUGUCCAACAUAGCACAAGUGCUGUCCAAAAAGAAGGACAAAAAGGAAGGACUGGGAGGCAAUGACAAUGCCAUUCCUUUCAAUAACCAGGAUUUUGAGAAGUUACGACGUGAGUGCUUGGAGAGUGGUAAACUCUUCUGCGACCCCACGUUCCCUGCUGAAUCCCGCUCUUUAGGGUACAACGAGCUGGGCCGAUAUUCCUCCAAGACUGCUGGAGUCGAGUGGAAAAGGCCUACGGAGUUGUGCUCAAACCCCCAAUUUAUUUGCGAUGGUGCUACGAGGACUGACAUCCGCCAGGGAGCUCUAGGUGACUGUUGGCUCCUAGCAGCUAUCGCCUCAUUGACCCUUGAUGCCGAUAUUUUGGCACGGGUGGUUCCUAGUGACCAGAGUUUCACUGACAAGUACGCUGGCGUCUUUCACUUUCAGCUUUGGCAUUAUGGUGAGUGGGUGGAUGUUGUCAUUGAUGACCGGCUGCCCACAAAAAACGGGGAGCUGCUGUUUGUUCACUCAGCCGAAGGGAAUGAGUUCUGGAGCGCGUUGCUGGAGAAAGCCUACGCUAAAGUGAACACUUCUUAUGAAGCUCUUUCCGGAGGCUCCACCACUGAGGGCUUUGAGGAUUUUACUGGUGGGAUUUCAGAGAGCUACGACCUGUUAAGACCCCCACCAACUCUGUUCAAUAUCAUCAGGAAGGCGCUGGAUCGUGGAUCUCUGCUCGGCUGCUCUAUAGAUAUCACCAGUGCAUUAGAGACAGAAGCAGUGACCAGACAGAAGCUGGUAAAGGGGCACGCUUACUCUGUCACAGGAGCAGAAGUGGUUCAUGUGAAUGGAAGCCCAGUUCAGCUUGUACGGCUAAGAAAUCCAUGGGGUCAAGUUGAAUGGACAGGCGCUUGGAGUGAUGACUCUAAGGAGUGGGACCGAGUGAAACCAGAAGAGAAGGCCAAACUUGAUUACUCAGCAGAUGAUGGAGAGUUCUGGAUGGCCUAUUCCGAUUUUGUGCAGAAUUACUCAAAGUUGGAGAUAUGUAACCUGACUCCUGAUACCCUGACGAGCGAAGGAGUCGCUCGUUGGAGCUAUUAUCAAUUUGAGGGCACUUGGAAGUUUGGCUGUACUGCUGGUGGCUGCAGAAACAACCCAGCCACUUUUUGUUCAAACCCCCAGUAUGUGAUAAAGCUGGAUGAGAUGGAUGAUGAUCCCCAUGAUGGAAUAGACGGCUGCUCAUUUCUGGUCGGCCUGAUGCAGAAAGAUAUGCGCCAAGAAAGGCAGUUUGGGCGAGACCUCAACACCAUCGGUUUUGCUAUCUACAAGGUUCCUGAUGAGUAUAAAGGUCAAAAUAACAUUCACCUCGGGCCAGAUGUCUUGUUGCGUCAGAGAGCUGUGGCCUCGAGCAAUACCUUCAUAAACCUGCGUGAGGUGUGCAGCCGGUUUAAACUGCCACCUGGCGAAUACGUCAUUAUUCCCUCUACGUUCGAGCCACACCGCAAAGGCUCCUUCAUACUUCGCGUUUUUGCUGAGAAACAGGCCACCGCCGGCCCAAUGGAGACAGACAUCAACGCCAAUAUUAAAGAGGAGAAGAUCUCUAAAAAAGAUGUGGACCCACAUUUCCAACAUCUCUUUAAGCAGCUUGCUGGAAGUGAUUCUGAAAUUUCAGCAUUAGAGCUACAGAAGAUUCUAGACAGAAUUGUGUCUCAGAGAACAGACCUGAAGACGGACGGAUUCAGCCUGGAGACCUGCCGCCACAUUGUCAGCCUCCUGGAUAAAGACGGCAGUGGGAAACUUGGGCUGAUGGAGUUUCACACACUGUGGAUGAAGCUACAGACAUAUUUGGAGAUCUUCAAAAACCAUGACACAGACAACUCCGGCACCAUGAGCUCCCACGAAAUGAGAGAUGCUCUUAGCAAAGCAGGCUUUCAGUUGAACACGCAUGUCCUAGAGGUGAUUGUCAUGCGCUACGCUGAUCAGCAAAGCGCCAUCGACUUUGAUGCCUUCGUGGGCUGUGUAAUCCGUCUGGAGAUGCUUUUCAAUAUGUUCAAAAAGUUUGACAAGAACAAUACUGGGAAGAUAGAGUUGGAUAUUCUAGAGUGGCUAUGCUUGGCCCUAAGCUAAAACCCCACUGAUCUAUGUCCUGUGAUGUACUGAGGAGUCUACAGAACCAGUUUAUCCCACGCUGAUUGUCUUCAAUCAAAGCAAAAGAGUGAAAAUCGUACCUUAUUUCGUAAUCGAUCCAGUUAUAUAAUAUGAAUUGGUAUUUCUUUAGACAGAUGAAAAUACAUCAUGCAAUGCAAUAAUAAAUGUUAAUUGGACCCUGUAGCUCAGUAUGAGACUGAUCUUUUGGUGCUUCCCCAUGGUUAAUACACUAAUUGUUUUGUUUUGAAACAAUGGCUUACAAAGAUUUGUGUGUGUGUUUCUGUGCAUGGUGCAGUUGCAUCUUAAUGGUGUAAUCACUACAGUAUAUUCGUGAGUAACAGUAAUGAAUUCUAAUCGUUUGCUGACUAAACCCGGAACCUCAUCUAAAGCUUCUCAAUCACACCCUGCUUUAUUAAUAGGUUAAUUAUUUCUACUGUUUGAUAUUAUAGAUUUAUGAUACAAUGAUAAGCAUGUGUUCAAUUGGUACAUAAUACAGUAUGUUAAUAAAUAUUAGGCGUUUCCAACAACAUUUAGGGAGGAUUUGGAUGAAGUUGAAAAUAAAGUUUGCAAAGUAAG